AUGGGUUGCUUUUUUGGUUGUUUUGGUUCCUCCAAACACUCGAAGAACAAGCGCAACGUUCUUAGAAAUGGUAGUAGCAAUGGCAAGCAAGAGCAACCUGGUGUCUCUUUGGUUCAGGAUUGCUCCAAAAUUGCUGUUAAUCCUAUACCCCAACUCCAGGAGAAAAGUGAGGAGCAACUAAGUGUAAAUAGCAGAAAGAAAGUGACGUUUGAUUCCAAUGUGAAGACCUAUGAACCUACUUUGGUGGAUGAAGUUGGAGCGAGGAAGAGUGAGGAGGGUGGAAACGAGGAAGCUUUGGUUCAAUCAAAGUCAUCUUCCUCUGAAGAUAAUAGUUCUGUGACUUCAACGGGGUCUUACCCUCCCAACCAUAGGUACCAGAAUUGCCGGGACAGUGAUGACGAGGAGGAAGAAAUUGAUUAUGGGGAAAGUGAUCUUAGUGAUGAAGAUGAUGAUGUCAUCAGAGAAGAGUGCAAAGAAUUGGGUGCGGACUUUGGAGAAGAUGGCAUAGUUGCAACUACUGCUGCUGAUCAUGUGUUUGUUGAAGAGGUUGAUGUGAAGGCAAUUGAUUCCAACCCCAAUGCUAGAGACAGAAGUGUUUAUGUUCAUCCUGUACUGAACCCAGUGGAGAAUCUCACUCAGUGGAAAGUUGUUAAGGCUAAGAAGACACCAGUAAGGCCUCAGAAAGAGAACGAGUUUGGGAAUGGUGUCAAAGAAUCACCUUUCAGCUUGAAAUCAGAAAGUGACACAUCAAAGAAGUUGAACCAAGAGAUCCCAGUUGAUGCCAGCCUGUCAAAUUGGUUGGUCUUACCAGAAACUACACCUGUUAAAAAGGCUGGCUCAGUGGCUUUAUUUGGUGGUACCCCUGAGAGGAGCACCCCACAAAGUCCAUAUUCUGUGUUAAGUCAUGAAGAUAGGCCAAUUUUAGGUGCAUUGACAUUGGAAGAGAUCAAACAAUUUUCGGCUACUUCUUCUCCGAGGAAGUCACCUAGUAGGAGUCCAGAUGAGAUGCCUAUUAUUGGCACUGUUGGGACCUACUGGAAUGUUGCAGGCUCUGCUGAAGGUCCUGGCUCAGCCUCUUCCUUUAAAGGAAUUCCGAACUCAACAAGCAAGUACAGAGAGGAUAAGAGAGUGAAUUGGCACUCAACCCCUUUUGAGACAAGAUUAGAGAAAGCUUUGAAUAGAGGAGCUGCUUCAUAUGUCCCUCGUGUAUUUUAG